AUGGGUAGUCUCGGUAUCAGCUUCCAAGUCAAGCUUGAUCUUGCUACGUGGUACAAGAUAUUUGAUGCUUUCGAUGCGCUCGAGACUGACCCACAGUUCAAGCCCUACAACAUAGUCCUUGAUGUUACGAUGAACUAUUACAACACUGACAGGAUACUGGUGGACCAGAUUAUGUUCAGGGCUGAUCACGUUACUCUGCUUACCUUCGCCAACACCUCCCCGCGACUUAUCAACUUUUUCGUAGCCUUCCUGACCAAAAUUUGUCCCAACUGUAACAAUAACUACUAUCCCAAUUACAAGGCUAAGAUCACUUUUUUGGCCGAAGGUGAUUGCAACUCGGGAGCCUGUAGUAAGACGUCGAUGUGUGCUUACUACGGUGAUCGCCUUACCGACCCCAAGGGAGGUAUCCUCUACGCUUACAAUCAGCUUUCGACUGCUCUCGACUAUGUUCGUGAUCAUGUUCUGUCUAAGGAUAAAUUUGAUCACUUCUUUGAAGCCGGUGGUACACAUAUCGGUCUUAGCUCCUUCUCGUGGGUCAUGUGUUACUACGGCUCCGAGUCGUGGCAUCAGAUUGGCCUACAAAAGUGUAUGUCCGACUACCACUCCGCUUCACAGAUAUGCCGUCAAGGUUAA